CUGUGCGCAGGCGCAGCACCCGGCGGCUGCGCUGGCGGGGUCGUGGGGAGCGUAGUUCCCACCGCGCCGUCACCGUACGGCAUGACGGCCCGGGCUCUGGCUGCGGUGUGCAUCCUCCAGCGCCAUGGCGUGCCUGCGGAGCUUGUGCCGGCGGACCCUGUGGACCCUGGUCUUGGGCCCGGCUCCUUCCAGCCGCUCCUCUGUGUGCUACGGCCGCGCGGCCGACCUGGGGCGCAGCCGGGCUGCUUCGCUUUGCGCGCCCCGCCAGCUCCAAGCGGCAGGUGAAAUGCGCCGGUUUAGAACGUCUGAUGCGUCUCAAGCUACCUUAGCCAGUGUGUCUCCAGUGUUUACUGUGACAAAAUUUGACAAAGACGGGAAUGUUACUUCCUUUGAAAGGAAGAAAACAGAAUUGUAUCAAGAGUUAGGCCUUCAGGCCAGAGACUUGAGGUUCCAGCACUCAAUGAGCAUCACCACCAGAAACAACAGGAUUAUCAUGAGAAUGGAGUAUGUGAAAGCUGUGGUAACUCCAGAGUGUCUUCUGAUACUGGAUUAUCGUAACUUGAAUUUAGAGCCAUGGCUGUUCCGGGAACUCCCUUCACAGCUGGCCGGAGAGGGUCAGCUUGUCACGUAUCCAUUACCUUUUGAGUUCAGAGCAAUAGAAGCACUCUUGCAAUACUGGAUCAACACUCUUCAAGGGAAACUCGACAUUCUGCAGCCACUGAUCCUUGAGACACUGGAAGCUUUAGUGGAUCCCAAACACUCUUCUGUAGACAGAAGCAAACUGCAUGUCUUACUACAAAAUGGCAAAAGCCUUUCAGAAUUAGAAACAGACAUUAAAAUUUUCAAAGAGUCGAUUUUGGAAAUCUUGGAUGAGGAAGAAAUGCUGGAAGAGCUCUGUCUGACAAAAUGGAGUGACCCACAAGUAUUUGAGAAGAGCAGUUCCGGGAUUGACCACGCAGAAGAGAUGGAGCUCUUAUUGGAGAACUACUACCGCUUGGCUGAGGACCUCUCCAACGAGGCUCGAGAGCUCAGGGCACUGAUCGAUGACUCGCAGAGCAUCAUCUUCAUCAACUUGGACAGCCACCGUAAUGUGAUGAUGAGGUUGAACCUGCAGUUGACCAUGGGAACCUUCUCUCUCUCUCUCUUUGGACUAAUGGGAGUUGCUUUUGGAAUGAAUUUGGAAUCAUCCCUUGAAGAGGACCAUAGAAUGUUCUGGCUGGUUACCGGAAUCAUGUUUAUGGGAAGUGGCCUCAUCUGGAGACGUUUGCUCUCCUUCCUCGGACGACAGCUGGAAGCUCCCCUGCCUGCUGUGAUGGCCUCUUUACCCAAGAAGACCCCGCAGGCCGACAGGAGGAUGGAAGUGCGAAGCAGCCCACGGCCAGAUGGACUUGCAGCAAACCGGAGCCUCCUCCCAAACCGCUAGGAACAGCCCUGUGGCUCCUGAAGGCCUUCUCGUGGCAGUCACAGAGCUUCCCAGACUGCUAGUCCAUGGAUUCAGAUACUUGGAGGUUAUUAAUCAUGCGUACUUGUAUCUAACGAUGAAGGCAGUAAAACGGUCAGCAGAAACUGAUGGCU